AUGCCACCCAGAAGAAGGCCACGGAGGUCGGAGGAAAAGUACUGCACCUUUCCCUCUCUACACGACGACGUCUCCGCCCUCCUCGAGGAAGACGACCUGUACUUCGGCUUCCACGACGAAGACGACCCGAAGGGCUGCAUCAAGGAGUACGAUACGAACAUCAUGGGCCGCUUCGUCUGCCGCAACAGCUCAUGCAGCUGCACGGGCUGGAGCAGCAAGAAGAUCGCGAUUACGAUCCGUAUGUACCCGGGUGCAGAAUACAACGCGCGCGUAUACAAGCAGCGGUGUCUCUCCUGCAAGGCCCUCGGCGACUUAUUCCUGGAACACGGCGGCUCGUACGCGGACAGGGUCGCGUAUCGGAUCAAGAAGUGGUGCGGCGUGAAGAUGGCACUGCCGACGUACUUGGGUGACAGCAAGGGUCCGCACCAGAGUGAGCUAUGCGAGGGCUGCAAGGCCGGACACUGCACUGAGGCCAAUAUCUGA